CUCAGUAUCAGGGGAUCUGAAAAUAGAUUGUCUGUAGGACUUCAGGAAUAUAAGGACUUGCCUCAAAUAUCUAAAAAGUGCCGAGUUAAGCACUGUGAUUUACAGGUACCAAGAAGAUAUGCCAUGAAACCACCAUGUCCUACAGCAGGGUUCAUGCCUCCAACACCUCCCUUCUCCUGGAUCAAAGGGGAAGUGAGAUUUAAUAAAACAGAAGUUCCCCCUCCAACCCGCUUUCCGUACUUCUCAGGGAACAUUCCGACUCUGCAGGCACAAUACUUCAGAAACUGUCCUACUCCUCCAGUUUUUGGAGUUGGUUUAUCAACUCCACCUCCCCUCCACCCUUGCACACCUCCUCCUCCCCCAGUAACCUGGAGUCAGAGUGUAACAUCUGAUCAGAUGGGAUAUCAAACUAUCUGGGGUCGAGUCUCAGCUUCUUCAAGAUACCAGCGGGGCUGGGUGUCGGGGUUCAACACAACACCAGUUCACGGUAGUCCUAGAUGGUUGGAUAGACAAACAACUGGUGAAUUCAACCCUGGCUUCAAACAGUGUGGAGAUGGGGCUUAUCCGAUCAGAAAUAGCAUUUUUGGUAUUAAAGUUGAUCAAGAUGAACUAGAAUACAACAAGUAUGGAGAUCCAUUUGUCAAUCAGGGGUUUGUUCUGAUGACUCCUCCAGGAAGUUCAAGUGACUAUCCCCAAUAUCAGGUUUCUCCCCUGGCAAGACCUUACGGGUUCUCUUCUCAGCAAUAUCAGCAGUUUACCAGUUUUCCAGGAACUUUCGAGCUUAGGGGAUAUCACCUAACACAAGAGAGUCUUUUUUCUCAAUCAUUCUCAGUACCUCCUGUUCCGAGUCCAACUAGUUCCAGAAAAUUCACAUUUCCAGUUUCUCCACUCAGUCCCACCACGGCGAGGUCACCUUUGUCCCCAGGACUGUCUACAGCUGGUUCACCAUUGUCCCCAGGACUGUCUACUGGACUCUAUCAUAUUCCACCCAUCAACACUAACUCUCCAGAGAGUGCUGGACAGAAACGGGUUCCUGUUGGUUCUACCUGUUUUCCAUCCUAUUUUUCUCAAGGCAAGUGAUGGAGAAGAAACUGAAUUACUGUCUUCUCAUCACAAUAUUAAAUAUAUAUUUUUUUUACAUUUUUUUAAAUCUUCAGUUAGAUAUUGACUUUCUGUUAAGAACAAAUAACUCUUUAAUGAUUUUACACUUUGUUCUUGACAUUUUGUACCUUUAUUAUAAAAUGUAUUUAUUACUGUGUACAACAGACAUAGUUCAUACAUUCAAAUCCUGCUGUUCAUUGUAAAGGAUCUACAAUGUUCCCUACAUCCAGUCUGUACAAUGUGUACUCUAUGCAGUACUGUGUUGUUGUAAAGAAGUUGGACCUUCUUUGUAACGUGCUACUUAAAAUACCAGUUCAUAGAAUCUUAGGUUUCAGAUUGCUGUCAUAUAUUAUUGUAUGCCAUGAAUGCAUUUGAAAAGAAACUUAUGUAAUUUAUUCAUUUUGUUAAUAUCCAUUGAAAUUGUUCCAAGUUGGUGAACUUGAUUUUUUUUGUUAAACUUUAUUUUCUCUUGUUAAACUUUAUUU